AUGCUGGCUCCAAAGAAAAGCCUCCUGUGCAACCUCAACCACAUCCAUCUGCAGCACAUCUCCCUGGGGCUGCACCUCUCCCGGCACCCAGAGCUCCAAGAAACUUCUGGCUCCAUGGGUGGAGGAGACCAGACCAGCUGCAGUGACUGCCCAGAGAACUAUGAGCAAGUGGAUGCUAAUUCCAACAACCCCUCCUUGAAAUGCCGCUGCUGUGAGUCCCAUACUCAGCAGCUGGUGACGUUGGGGCUCCAGAACCAGGCAGCUCAAGAGGAUUUCCCUGGCCUGGGUGCUGGAGAGGAGGUGGCAUCCCCUUGUGAUCCCCCUUGUGAUCUGGCCUCCUCCUCCUCCUCCUCCUCUGUCAGUAGCUGCUCGGAUUUCAGCUUGGAUGACUCCCCUGUCUCUGUGUACUGCAAGGGCUUCUCCAGAGAAGAGUCGAAAUCCCCUCAAAAUCAACCCAAUGGCACUGCUGCAGAAGAUGCCCAGGAUGGCCAGGCCCUGGCUGACCAGGGUAGGACAUAUGAUGGAAGAGACGCCAACUGCAACCCCCCAGUGCUCCAGCGACCAGAUGCUGGAGGGAGCCCAGACAGCCUCUGCAGCAGCCACUCCCUUGACUUCCAGCGUGAGGAGACCUCUCCCAGUGUGGUGGUGCAGGAGACCAUCAGCAUCUGCGCUGACCUAGACCCCAACUGCAACCCCCUCCCUGCCCCUGCUGCUGUGCCUCCACCACCACCUGCACCGAGGCAGUGGGAUCCAAGCCUGAGCAGAGCUCCUGAGCUGCAGCCCCGGGCUGGCAGCGUGCCCCCACCUGUGCCUCCCCGGCCCCGGAGGCGGCUGCAGGUUCUUAGUGGGCAGAAAGCAGAGCUGCCACCCCUGCCUGUGCGGCCAACAGAGUCAGAGCCUGGCUCAGGUAACCUCUGCAAGGACACAGGCAAGAAGACCAUCACCUCCUUCCAUGAACUCGCCCAGAAGAGGAAGAGGACCACUCCUGGGCCUGCCCUUGCCCAGGCCAGGGCUGACCGCAGUGACUGGCUGAUUGUCUUCUCUCCUGACACGGAGCUGCCACCCCCCAGUGAGCUCCUCUCCAGUGCCCCUGGCCAGGACCCAGCCCGGCCCCAGCCCCAGCAGGACUGCCCAGCAAGGCCUCCUGGCUCCACGCAGAGGGAGGUGACCACGUUCAAGGAGCUGCGGUACCGCAGUGCCUCCAACAAGCCCAAGGCUGACCAGAGGGCAGAGCUGGUGCCAGCUCAGCCCCGCUCUGCACAUCUCCCCUCCCCUCCUGAGAUGGCUGUGGGCUGCGACAGCUUGGGCUGGGUGCCACCCGUGCCUCUGGGUGGGCAGUUGCUAGUGGCACCUGUGAGCAGCCACCAGCUGAAGAGGAGAAGAUCCGGAGCAGGACUGCAGCCCAUUGCAGAGGGGCUGCUGGGGGACGCAGAGGAGGGGAGGCUGCCGCUGCGGAGCUGUGUUCCAGGAGAGUCAGGGCUGGGCUCUGGCUGCGACAAGGAUGCCCUGGCUGGUGGCCUGGGAGGGCAUGGUGGGCACCACUGGGUGCCAGGGGCUGUCAAGAGAGGAGAGAAGACCUGCAAAGAGGCCAGGACCUCGCCGGCAGCCGCUGGAGCCGCCGCGGGCGCCGCCCGGCCGGGUGGGGGGAGCGCGGAGGGAGCCUCCUGCUGCCGCCGCGGCGAGCAGAAGAAAGCGCUGCUGAUCGCCAUCAGCACCGCCGUGGACAAGAUCAUUGCUCACUUCAGCACCGCCCGGAACCUGGUGCAGAAGGCCCAGCUGGGGGACAGCAGGCUCAGCCCAGAUGUGGGUUAUCUGCUGCUGCACACCCUCUGCCCUGCACUCUAUGCCUUGGUGGAGGAUGGGCUGAAGCCCUUCCAGAAGGAUGUUAUCACUGGCCAGAGGAAAAAUUCCCCCUGGAGCGUGGUGGAAGCCUCUGUGAAGACAGGCCCCAACAGUCGCUCUCUCCACUCCCUGUGCUGGCACGUAGCUGGGCUGGCUCCUCUCAGCAGCACCAGGCAGAAGUUUCAUGCCUUUAUCCUUGGCCUGUUGAACAUUAAGCAGCUGGAGCUGUGGAUCUCUCACCUGCAGAAGAGCCCAGGUGUGAUCUCUGUGCUGUACUCACCCACGGCCUUCUUUGCCCUGAGCCAAGGCCCUCUUCCCCACCUCGCUGAUGAACUGCUGCUGCUCAUCCAGCCCCUCUCAGUGCUGACUUUCCACCUUGACCUGCUCUUUGAGCACCACCACCUCUCCGUGGAUGUCAGACCCCUGUCCCGUCGGCUGGAGUCACCUCUGUCCCCUGCCCAUCAAGGUGCUCAGCUGCAGGGCGCGGCGCAGCCUUCUCCGGAGGGUGCUGCAGGGACAGUCCUGGAAGAGGAGCUCCCCCCUGACACUCUGGGGAGGGCAGCUGGUGCAGAGGGCAGCACAGCUGCCCAGUCCCAAGCAGCUGCCUGUGGGCUGGCCCCCGGCCCCCAGGUGGGGGCUGCCCUGCAGCAGACCUUCCAGCAGGUGCUGCGCUGGGGUGGUCAGCUCAGCCGCGCUCUCCUGGGAGCUGAUGGCCCCCCAGAAACCCACAGGCCUGAGGCAGGACCUCAGGAUGCUGGUGCUGGCCUCGGGGGCUGGUGGGGCCAGCUGAGCCAGGCUUCCAGGAUUUACACUGCUCCCAGCAAGGACAAGUUGCCCUUCGUCUGGUGGACAAAGCUGCAGCCGACUGCGGCGGAUUCCAGCCCUGCCCAGGCUGCACGACCUCAAGCUUCAGGGAAUGAGCCAAGAGGCACAGAGCUGCAGCUGCUUCAGGCUAAAGCUGUCCCUGAACUCCCUGCUCCAAAGCUCAGCAGCAGCACUGACACCUCUGACACCUCUGGGACCUCUUCCCCUGAAGAUCUCCUCCUGCCUGCUGGAGCCAGAGCAGCCACCAAGCCAAAUGGUCCAACUGCUGGAGAGAAACUCCUGGCUGCUUCCCCAGAGCCUCACGUGAGCAGGGAGCAGGCAGCACCUUCUGAGCCACGGGCAGGAGGUUCUCCUGCUUCUACCAAGGGCAGCUGGCUGGGACGGCUCUUUGGAGCCACCAACCCUUCUGCCAGGAGCUUCCCUCCCAGUCCUGACACCAUCUCAGCUAGGUCCAGGAGACCUUCGAGCUGGCUGUCCCCCAGCACACGUGUCCUGGCUGUGGUGGUGAAGGGGCUGGCACCUGAAAGGGCUCCUGCUCAGGAACAACCCGGGAGGAAGGCUCCUGACUCAGCCCAGACCCACAGGGCGGUCCGGGCGCUGUGUGACCACACAGGCACCGCCGAGGGUCACCUGAGCUUCCACAAAGGAGAUGUCCUGCAGCUGCUCUCCACCGUGGAUGAGGAUUGGAUCCGCUGCUGCCAUGGGAACAGCGUUGGCCUAGUUCCUGUCGGUUACACCUCCCUGAUUUUGUGA